UAUAAUGUUUGUUGGUUCGGUCCAGCCAGUCCCCCUCUUCUUUAUUCUAUUCCCCAGGUGGUCUUACCCAAGUUGGGCAGAUUCUCCAGCCAGAGGUUUUGUUGCCGGGCAGAAAAGAUCCAAUGGUUGCAGCUCAUUGGAUGAAUAGUUAGAGCGGGAAACCAGCCAUCCAUAUAUAUAUAGGUCCUGAGGAGAGGUUCCCUGUCAGUGUGGGGAUGUGUGAGAAGACCGAGGAAGCGCCUACCCACCCGCCACUUUCGGUAUUUUAGUCGCAGUCCUUAAUAGUGGGGUUAAGUCACUGCUGAGAGGACAUGGACUCUAGGCAGGUGGAGCAGAUUAAUAAGGGGAAAUCACAAUAGGAAAGACAGACUUAGAAAUCCUAGGCACUAUCUGAUGAAAAGGAAACCACAUCCAUCAUCAAUCGUACAUGACCAGCUUUUUGAGGUGGGAGAGGGGAGGACUACGAGAUCCAGAUGCGAGUGAAAAGGCGUACUGCUAAUGCAAAUCAGGACAUUUUUGGCAAUGGAGCCAAUGCUGGGUCUUUUGUUCUGGCUUCUUCUUCUCCAUCACCCUAGAUCUUCUGUGAGUACACCAUUUCUUAAAACUGGGUGUAGACUUGGCUCAUUGGAAGAAUGCAAGGAGGCUAAAUUUGUUCCAGGCCAUACUCUGUUAGGAGAAGGUAUAAAUAUUGUCACCAUGGAGACAACCGGCUCUUUCCUUCUUGAUCUACAAGAAGUUGUAGAUAAUUGUACGCUGUGUAUGAACCCUCACAACAACAAUGUGCUGCAGAAACUACCCAAGGCAAUGGUGGACUGGAGACCUGAAACUUCAUGUUCCAGAAAUAUACAAAGCUUGGAGUCUCGCUCUGCAGUGUCAGUAGCUGAAGAAGCGACUUCUGAAGUGCAGAACGAUUGGAAAGUUGGCCUCAAUAUGAACUUUGUGGUGAAAGUUAAAACAGCUUUGGGAGGUUCUCACAGUCAGACGGCCAAGUUUGCCGAAAGUAAAAGCGUCACUGACAAUUACAGCUUUCUCAGCCACAAGGUGGAAUGUUCCUUCUACAGUUCUGGCCUGGGAUCAGAUGCCUCAUUAACACCUCAUUUUGAGAAAGCUUUGGCAGAACUUCCAGAUUCCUACGAUAGCACCACUAAGGCUGAAUACAGACGUCUGAUAGACAACUUUGGCACACACUACAUCACUCGGGUAAAACUUGGAGGUCGGACCCAGGAGGUCACUGCAGUGAGAACAUGUGAAGUGUCUAUGAAGGGUCUGACAAUGAAUGAGGUGAAGGAUUGCCUCGCGGUUGAAGCUGAGGUUGGGAUAUUCAAAAUCUCAAUCAGUUCCAAAGUUGAAUACUGCAAAAGAAGAUUAAAAGAAGCAAAAUAUGAGGGGAAUUUCCAUCAAGCAUUUAGUGAACGUGUAUGGAAGGUCAUAGGAGGAAAUGCAACAUUUGAUCUUCUUUCAUCUGAGAGAGUCACUCCAGAGGUUUUCAACAAAUGGAUGGAAAGUCUGAAGACCUACCCCGGUCUGGUAUCGUAUUCUUUAGAUUCCAUCCAUAACUUGGUGAGAAUAAAUGGUCCUAAGAAAGAGAAUCUCAGACUGGCCAUAAGUGAUUACAUCCAGGAGAAGGCUUUACCACAGAAGUGCUCUUGCCAAGGAGGCCAGGUUAUCAGUCAAGGAGAUGACUGCUCCUGUACAUGUAAAGCUUCUGGGUACACGGGAUCGAACUGCUGCCCAACACAUCAAGGAGCCGCCAGACUUAUCCUAACCAUCAAAUCUGCCAAUAACCUUAAAGGGGACGUGUGGUCUCCGGCAGAUGGCUAUGUGAUAUUUAGAUUUGGUGGGGCUUAUAUAAGAUCCUCAACAAUCAUGAAUAACAAAAACCCCACAUGGAAUCAGAGGUAUGAUGUGGGACCUGUAGACCUCCGGGAGGGUAAAAGGUACACAAUAGAGGUUUGGGACAAGGACGUAAAAUAUGAUGACUUACUGGGAAAAUGUGAAAAACCUCUGACUGCAGGCGCUACUUCUGAAACCUGUUACCUAAACAAAGGAACCUUCACAUACUCCCUAAGUGUUACUUGUGCCCAUCACCUUGGAGGGCGGUUUUGCCAGGAUUAUAUCCCAGUGCCCCUAAGGGUUUAGUCAAGGGCCUGAUAUGCCCCUUAUCAUGAGGGCUUCUCUCCUGGAGGAGCUUUCCUCUGCAGUCAUAUAUAUCUCAUCCUACUUUCUAUCUUUUACACUUAUUUAGAGUCAGAUGUAGAUGUCUUUAAUUAAAGGGGUUAU